AUGAAAUCUCAAAAUGUGAACUUGGAUAUUGGAGCCAUUUGUACUCUUCAUGAGAUGCAUACUCAGUUUAGGAACAAAACAGUGGAUGGUAAGAAUAUUGUUAAGUACUUUGGUUGCUUUAGUUUUAAGCCUGCUCAUGACGCUAAGCAGAUUGCACCAGCUUCCAAGAACAAAUGGGUUGAAAAUUGGUAUCAAUAUUGGUUUUAUCAUUCUGUUCCUUUGGUUGAAGAGAAGGAUGAUUCAAGGAAGAUUGUGAAGAAAUAUCCUUUGGCCGCGAAGAUGACCAAGAAUAUUUUUGACUGUAAGCCUGAAUUUACUAGUUCAAAGAAUUCUAGAACUUGUGAAAAGGCUUAUAAGUUGACUGCCAAUCUGCAUAGUGCUCGUGAUCUUUACGAGGAAUAUAUCACAGCUCGUGUUUGUCCUCUUAAAAAAGGCUGGAGCUUUGUACGCUUUUAUAAGAAGGUUGUGAGAGGAAAAGAUUAUUUGUAUCCUGAUAAAGAGGUUUUUCGUUCGAAGAAGUAUUCGAAAGAUGAAGAUUUUGUUUCUGUUGUUGAAGCCAAGGCAGUUGAAAUUCUUGGCAAAUUUUUGAAGAAGGAGAAAGAUUUGAUGGACAAAAUUCUGGGGAAGGAUUAUAAACAUUUGAAUAGGGUUUUUGAAAUUACUCAAAUCACGUAUAAUGAAAGGCCUCCGCCAGCGUAUUCUCGUACAGCGAAGCCAAGUAUAGAGAAUGUUACUAAGAAGAAAAGAGCCGGUGAUCAACUUACUAAGAAAACUAGCAAAAAGAAGAAGGUUUCAGCUUCUUUUGAUUCAAAAAAAGUUGCAGAAGAUGAAGUUCAUUUGUGUGUUGAUGCUGACAGUCAAGAAGUUCUUAGUUAG